GGGGCUCGGGAGCUGCAGUUCAGAGAGCCGCGUCCUGCUGGAAUCUGCCGGUGCCCCACGCUCCAACCCGAGAUGACCGCCAGCAAGCGAGUGGCGAAAGAGCUGGAGAGUCUUUUGAAGGAGCUCCCGCCAUACCUUCGCCAACUGUCUAGUGAUGAUGCCAAUGUGCUUGUGUGGCACAUGCUCCUGCUGCCAGACCAGCUUCCCUAUGGCCUCAAAGCCUUCAGACUGCGGAUUGAUUUCCCCAGGGAGUAUCCACUUAAGCCUCCCACUUUGAGAUUCACCACCAAGAUCUACCACCCCAACAUCAGAGAGGAUGGACUGGUGUGCCUGCCCCUCAUCAGCAAUGAGAACUGGAAGCCUUACACCAAGGCUUAUCAAGUCUUGGAGGCCCUCAACGUGCUGGUGAGUAGACCGAAUCUGGAAGAGCCUGUGCGUCUGGAACUUGCUGACCUCCUGACUCAGAACCCGGAGAUGUUCAGGAAGAAGGCGGAAGAGUUCACCCUUCAAUUCGGAGAGGACCGGCCCUCGUAAUUCUGGUUCUGAAGCCUCUCUGCCUGGAUCUUCUGCUUAGCGGAUGGAUAUCACAGACUGGUGUCCAAAGCCUUGGGAAGCCCACCCUGUGCCUAAGUUUUCUGCUGUAGCUGCUAAUUAUGAAUAUUGUACCUGGUGUGUAUGUAUGUGUUGGGGGGAAGCUGUGUGGUGUGUGCUCCUUCCCGGAGCCAUCUGGCUGUAGAUGUACCAUCCCCACAUCCUCCGUGGUGCCAGAGCCAGUGGGAGUUAGGUACGCAGUGUCAGGCCUGCUUUCCAGCUCUCUGACUUAGGCAACCUUCCAGGCCAAUUGGCAGAAAAUUGAAUGCCCCAGGGCCCAGGCACCAAGGGGUGAGAAAGGCAGGACUCUGUUUGGAAGGCAGGGCCUAUAGAAGGUACCAAAUUUACUGUUGAGUGAUUGAAAUCAACCACACUUGUAAUAGGCAUGUCCAGAUUUGAGUUAAAGAUCUUAUUUUCUGCUGAUGAAUCUCAAGAUAAAGAGUCUAGCCUCCACCCAGAAGUCGGACCUCACGUUUCUAA